CUCACUUUCUCCGUGCCGAUUUAGCAUAUCACUUGAAUAUUCUCCCCCAUCUCGUCCAGCUCCAAUACGUCUAUAGACACAGCGUGUACAAAUGUCUCUUCAAUACGCGCUCUUAAAGGAGGGAACUCGCCACUUGAGCGGAGUCGAUGAGGCAGUGUUCAAAAACAUCGAAGCCAUCAAGGAUAUGAGUAGGAUAAUCAAAACGUCCUUCGGUCCUCAGGGAAUGAGCAAAAUUUUGAUCAACUCCCACGAAAGAUUGUUCGUGACCAAGGAUUCCUCAACAGUUUUGAAGGAACUAGACAUCUUUCACCCCGCCGCAAAGCUGGUUGUUAUGAACGCGACGCGACAGCAAGAAGAGGUUGGCGAUGCGACCAAUCUUAUGGUGUCCUUGUGCGGCGAAUUGCUUGCUCACGCCGAGUCCCUCCUUCGCAUCGGAUUGCACAUUAGUGAUAUCAUUACAGGAUACAUGAACGCCGGAGCCAAAUCCUUGGAAUUGCUAAACACGCUCUCCGUUUCACAGAUCGACGACUUGCUAUCUCAGGAGCAAGUGACCAAAUUCUUUCGGCCCGUUAUCAUGUCCAAACAAUAUGGAUUCGAGGACACGAUCGCCCCCAUCGUGGCCAAAGCCUGUAUUCAAAUCUGUCCUAAGAACCCCGCUACAUUUGACGUAGAUAAUGUUCGCACUGUCAAAAUACUAGGCGGUGCCGUAACGGACAUGCUCUCGAUCAAGGGCAUAGUAUUCCCUCGAGACAGCGAAGGCACCAUAAAACGUGUGCGAAACGCUAAGGUAGCCGUCUUUGCGAAUGGCCUCGACCAAGGAAAACCGGAGACAAAAGACGUCUACUUAGUGACCUCUCCGGAUCAACUGGAAGGAUACCAAAAAUCUGAAGAGGACAGAAUGGAAAAAAUAGUCAAGGAGAUUGUAGAUGCGGGCGUCACCGUAGUCGUGUGUCACGGAAAAGUGUCCGAACUAGCAAUGCACUUCCUUGAGCGCUAUCAGGUGAUGGUCAUCAAGCUCAUGUCUAAAUUCGACAUCACUCGAACCUGUAAAGCAGUCGGCGCCGUACCUGUCCUCAGAAUGGGCGCACCGACCCCUGACGAGCUAGGUGUAUGUGAUGACGUGUAUGUCGAGGAAAUCGCUGGCACUAAAAUUGUUGUAUUUUCGCAAUCCAAAGAACACUGUCGAAUUUCAACCAUAAUCCUUCGUGGUGCCACUGAAAACAUACUGGACGAUUUGGAGCGCGCAGUUGAAAACGCCGUAUCCCUUUACAAGGUCAUGACGCGCGAUCCUCGUUUUGUUGCCGGCGCCGGUGCAACCGAGAUGGAAUUGGCCACCAAACUCAAAUCCAUCGGCCAAUCUAUCUCCGGACAAGACCAAUAUGCCUUCAAAAAAUUCGCUGAAGCAUUCGAAAUCGUCCCCCGUACAUUAGCAGAGAACUCCGGAAACGACUCAACCGUCGCCAUAUCUGAUCUCUAUGCUGAACACACCAACGGAAAUCAAUACGCCGGAUUUGACAUCGAAAACGGAAUUCCCAAAAAUGUUGUCGAUCUCGGCAUUUUUGACCAUCUGGCCUCCAAAGAACGUGCCAUAUUUUUGGCAACAGACGCCACUAUUUCCGUCCUAAAAGUAGACCAAAUUUUGAUGUGUAAACCUGCCAGCGGCCCAAAGCCACCCAAGAUGAGAGGACCGGACGACCAUCCUGGUAUCUAGAAUGGGGACCAAUACUAACAUAAAUGUGAAACUCGCGUGACUUAAUCCUCUCGGCACCACCCAGCGUGUUCAGAGGUGAAGUUGACAUACAUAACCUAAAAAAAUAAAAACGGCCCACGUUUUGAACUAA